AUGGCUCUCAGAGUCUACCGCGACCUCCUCAGGCAGGCAGGCUACCUCCCGCACCCAUAUCUCCAGGCAUUCGUCAAAGGCAAGGCCAGAGACUAUUUUCGCAGGCACCGGAAUUCCCCUAAACCAGCAAAGCAGAUAGAAAAUGCAAAGAAGGAACUACGUAGACUGCAAAAAGUCAACAACGGCAGCCAGUUUGCGUUCAUGCGUCUCUUGAGACAAGCAUUUGGUAGAAUUGGCAGAAUGAAGUGGGAGCUCUUAAAGCCUCACUUGGCAACAGUCCCAGAACGAGACCCCAUAAUACCAAAGGUCGAGUCGUCACGCCCACCAACGUAUACUCCUACUCUCCUCGCUCUCGUGUCGAGCUCAAUCUCCAAGAGCACCGACCGUGUCAUACCAACAAAGGAUAUUCUCAAUCCCCUGCCAGCAAGAGCAGACCCAGCUUCGGAUGAAGCAAGGUUACUUGGCCCUUUGAGCCUACGACGACAAAAGAACAUGCACAGACGAUUUUUCCUCGAGCAGACGCGCAGAGUCUACCCUCCGUUGGAGGUCUUGCGGUCACCAUCCUCGACCGAGGCAUCUACACCAAUCCCUCAAACUGGUCUUGAGACCUUGUCGCCUAUUGCCAUGCUACACUCCUUGUCCCUCCCGGCCGCGCCCAUUUCACGACCAUCUCGUUCAGACGACACCGAUCGGCCACUGGAGGAGCCCGAGUAUGCAGUUAUCAGCGCUGCAAGAAAGAUGCGUGUUCAUGGGCGGAGUAAACGAUGGCUGCGUCGUCGCUACCGUGAAUUGCUUGGGCAGAUUCCCAAAAUCGUCGUGGAAGAUUCAACAACUACUGGCGAACAGGAACGCAAAUCAACCAAACAAAAGAAGAGGGAGGACAGAACUCCAGAAGCAAAAGAGACGACCAUCACCGAUUCGUCAAGAAAAGUCUCUGUGCAAUGGUCCAGCAAGUUGGCGCUCAACCUAUCAUACACGCCGCCGCUACGAACGAUCACUCACAAGGAACUUGCUUGGAUACAGAAAGCGACAGAGUUGACAGCAUCCAACCCAGCCGCAAGUCGUCGAAAGAAAUAG